AUGUCGACUGGAGUCGACGAUCAACCAGCCCCUAAUCAACCUCUAGAUCAGAGCACAUCUGUCCGUCAGCGCUCUUUCUCCCGGAGCAACGGUUCUUUCUUCGCGUCAGCUGUCGAGUCCGGUCGAGUAUUUGAUAAACAAACCGCCACCAUGGCACAGACCCAAAGAACGCGCUACGUAAAGACUGGCGCCAUCAUCGCGUUUGUGUUUAUGGUCCUUUUGUGGCUGUCCCCGUCCCGUUCAACUGUUUCUAGCUACACCCAAGAACAAACCCCUGCGACCUCCGGUUCCGGAAAGUGCACCAAACCUUUCGAUUCUUCCAAGCCCCUGAUUCAGUAUGCACUCAUGAUUGACGCCGGUAGCACUGGCUCCCGAAUCCACGUCUAUCGAUUCAACAACUGUGGCUCUACUCCGGAAUUGGAGAACGAGGUCUUCGAGCAGACUGCUAAGAAGGAGGGCGCCGGCUCUGGUCUCAGCUCCUACAAGGAAGAUGCCGAGGGUGCUGCUCUCAGCUUAGAUCCUCUUAUGGAGGUUGCUAUGCAGAACGUCCCCGCGGAGUACCGGUCUUGCACUCCGGUUGCGGUCAAGGCCACCGCCGGUCUGCGUCUAUUGGGCCCCGAGUUGAGUGGCAACAUUCUGGAUGCUGUGCGCCACCGUCUGGAAACUGCCUACCCCUUCCCCGUUGUAUCCAAAGAGAAGGGUGGUGUGGAGAUCAUGGACGGCAAGGAUGAGGGUGUCUACGCCUGGAUUACCACUAACUACCUCCUCGGCAAGAUUGGUGGCCCCGAUCAGACCCCCACCGCUGCCGUCUUCGACUUGGGUGGUGGUUCCACUCAGAUCGUUUUCCAGCCCACCUUUGAGCAGAGCAAGGCUGGCGGUAUGCCCGAGCAUAUGGCUGCUGGUGACCACAAAUACGAGCUCAACUUCGGUGGUCGCCAGUUCGAACUCUACCAGCACUCUCACCUUGGCUACGGUCUGAUGUCGGCUCGUGAGGCCAUGCACAAAGUUGUUUUGGAGGCUAUGUUGGCCAACAGCCCGAAGGACCUGUCCUGGCUGAAGCGCCCCAUCUCCAACCCUUGUAUCGGUCCUGAUAUGGAGCGGGAGGUUACCGUCAAGUUCGCCGAGCCCCACCCCCUUAGCCCCUCCGUCACUGUGAACAUGGUGGGUCCCAAGGACUCGACUGCUGCUCCUCAGUGCCGUGCUAUUGCCGAAAAGACCUUGAAGAAGGAUAACGACUGCAAGCUGGCCCCUUGCUCGUUCAACGGUGUUCACCAGCCGUCUCUCGAGAAGACCUUCUCUCGCGAGGAUGUCUACAUUUUCUCCUACUUCUACGACCGCACUGCCCCUCUUGGUAUGCCUUCCUCCUUCACUCUGGGUGAGCUCCACGACCUCACCUCUACCGUCUGUGGUGGUGAGGACAGCUGGGGUGUCUUUGAGAGCGUCGAAGGCGCGAUGGCAGAGCUCCGUGAUCGUCCGGAGUGGUGCCUGGACCUGAACUUCAUGCUUGGUCUUCUCCACACCGGUUACGAGAUGCCCUUGUCUCGCGAGGUCAAGAUUGCCAAGAAGAUCAAGGACAACGAGCUGGGCUGGUGCCUUGGCGCUAGCUUGCCUCUUCUCAGCCAGGAAUCUGGCUGGACAUGCCGCAUCAAGGAGGUCUCAUAA